UCAAUCACGAUUUACUCUUUGACGGAGAACAAGCACAUUUUGCAAUGCCGUCGCUCAAGUGGAAAAUUUUAGGGCUAUAUGUGGCUAUUUUAGAGUUCACUCACUCUACUGUGAUUUACAAGACUUUAAGCAUUGAAUGCAAGCACAAUUCCGAGUUCAUUGCAAAUGUCACCUGCCAAUUGAAGCCGAUAAAUUGGCAAAAAUCGAUUUGUAUAUGGGAUGCGGAUGUACUGAAGCCAUUAACAAAUGUAACGAUACAACUGCAGGUGUUUAAGAAAAAUGGUGCAAAUAAUUUUCUGCCUUUUCUCAUAAAUACAACGGUGAAUGGCUGCGAUAUGCUGAGUAAACGAGCCUUUUCGGUCUAUGGCAAAAUAUUAAUGACAAUACUGAAGGAGAUGUCCAACGUGAAUCACAGUUGUCCAUUCAGGGGUCAUCUAAGCCUCUACAAUCUUUAUAUUGAUGAACGUUUAAUGCCUUUCGCUCUGCCUUUGGGUAUUUACAAAGUAGUGGUCCGUUUCUUGGAAGGUUAUCCAUAUGUUUUUGUUGGCACGGCAACACUAUUCGUGGAGGCAAUGGAAAAGCGCGAAAGACGUGCAAAGGUGAACAACAAUUAAUUCCUUGUAUCUUUCAAAGGUUAUUCAUUAGAAUGUAAUAAUGGUAUUAGGAUUUGGUAGAUUUAGAUUUAAGAAAAACAAAUUAAAAGCCACCAGCUGACCGAACUUUUG